AUGGCUAUUGAUUCGAGUCCCGAAAAACGCUUGACAUUGGCUCAGAUAUAUAAGUACAUUGAUAAAAGAUUCCCCUAUUACCGGAAAGCCGACAUGAAAAAACGACAAGGAUGGCAAAAUUCGAUUCGUCAUAACUUAUCCCUCAAUGACUGCUUCGUUAAGAAGGCACGAGACGGUCUCAGCAAACCAAAUGACCGAAAAGGAAACUACUGGACAUUAACCCAGGACUGCGCUCUCAUGUUCGAUAAUGGGAACUUCAAAAGAAGAAGGCUGAAGAGAACAUCAGUUCGUUCAACAUAUCCGCCAUUGGAUACAACAACUCAACUGCCUUAUCUGAGACGCUUACAAAUAUCACGAAUGGAGCCACGGCUGGUUCCUGGUCUGUUUGUACCGAAUGGAGCUUCAUUACCACAAAUGACUUGCGAUUUCACAAACUUAACAAACUACGGCAACGAUCUCAGCACUAUGACCGCUUUUGAUAAUUUAACUCAAAAUAGUUACAGUCAAUCUAGUGCAUUCUAUCCAGCUUCAAAUCCAGCACAAUCGUUACAGUUCACACAAGUACCCACCCCAUUGGCUCAUGUUUCGAAUCAUCAAGACUUGCCAACGCCCUUAGCUAUUGAACAUAACCGAAUGGACUGUUUGGAUGUUAAGCCAGACAUUCGAAACUUGGCAGUUGAUCAUAUACAAAUGAACACAAUGGCAUUAAAUUCGCAUGGAAUCUAUUCUGGACAUAACUUACAAAGCUAUGUUCCAUCGUGGCCUAUUGAAAUCGAGACUGAAGCUCAUCCAGUAUAUAUGCCCUACUCAACUGAAUAA